AUGUCUACUACUACUGUUGAACCAGGUACCGAGGAGAGGAUGUUAGUGACUCCAUCAAGCCACGUAGGCUUUGACUCUAUCACGUCUCAAAUUGAAAAACGGUUGUUAAAGCGUGGAUUCCAAUUCAAUUUAAUGGUUGUUGGUCAAUCUGGUCUUGGAAAGUCCACUUUGAUUAAUACUUUAUUUGCUUCUCCAUUAGUGACUUCUUAUGGUCGAACCAAUCCCACUGAAGCUGUGGAGCGUACCCCUGAAAUCAAGGUCGAGAGGUGCUAUAUCCAAGAAAACGGAGUCAAGCUCAAACUUAAUAUCAUUGAUACUCCAGGGUACGGAGAUCAAGUUAAUAAUGAAAAAUGCUGGGAACCAAUUGUCAAAUAUAUCUAUGAUCAACAAGCCAGUUAUAUCCGUAGAGAGCUGACUGCCAGUAGAGAGAAAUAUCCUGUUGACACUAGAGUUCACUGCGUUUUAUUUUUUAUUCAACCUACUGGUCAUGGCUUGAAACCAAUUGAUAUUGCUGUUUUGAAAAGACUGACUGAAAUUGCCAAUGUUGUGCCAGUUAUUGCCAAAUCAGACUCUUUGACUUUAGACGAACGGGCUCAAUUCAAACAGACCAUCCAAGCCGAGAUUGCCCACCAUAAUUUGAAAAUCUAUCCUUAUCCUAAUGAUGAGUAUGACGAAGACGAACGCGCAUUGAAUGAUAGAAUUAAGAGCCAGAUUCCUUUUGCCAUAGUCGGAUCCGACCGCACUGUCCUUGUCAAUGGUAGAGAGGUACGUGGUAGAAAGAACAGAUGGGGUGUUAUCAAUGUUGAAGAUGAGACUCAUUGUGAAUUCUCUUCAUUGAGAAACUUCCUUAUCAGCACCCAUCUGCAAGAUCUCAUUGAUACUACCGCCCACACCCACUAUGAAGCAUUUAGAAAGAGACAACUCACAGCUCUCAAGGAGAACUCGCGUGAUAGAGAAGCCAGCAGUGCUACUACUUCGGCUACUGCCCCGGCCCCUCCAACUACCGGAGUGAGCACUGCUACUCAGGGCCCCUUUAUCCCCUCAUUAGCUCCUGGAGUUCCCCCAACCAACCCCUCACAAGCUCCUCCAAGACCCACAGUCGCUCCUCCUGUGCCAAUUCCUAAAGAUUAG